GUACUUGGCGCGAGAUUCGACCGAGUCUCGCGCAAUGUCAUGGUGGCGCAAAACAAGCCCUUAAUAUGGCGUCCCUUUCGGGUGUUGGCCGGACUCUUACUAGAGGGACUCUACAAUUAACGAGCAUAUAACGUCACCUAGUGAUUUAUUUAAGUAACGGUGUAUUAAUGUCGGCGAACUUUGAAAUCAUCGUGGGAACCUAUGAGCAGUUCUUGCUUGGUUAUAAAGUUCAACGUGUGAAUAAUGAGUACACAUUGGAACGCAGUUUUGCAACGCACAGUCAUCAGGCCAGUAUACGAGAUGUUGCCAGUAAAAAGCACUAUUUGGCAUCAACUGGGGCUGAUGAUUCUGUUUAUUUAUAUGAUAUGCGAUAUAGGCUAGAAUCUGGACGUCUAACACAUCACAAUGACACAGUGAAUUGCAUAGAAUUCACACCAGAAGCUUCUCAUCUUUUCACAUGCAGUAACGAUGGAAGUAUAGCUGCUGUACAUUGUGGUAAUUGGCAACUGGAGAAACAUUGGCGCACUGCACACAAGGGAUCUCCUGUUAAUGUGUUAGCAAUUCAUCCGACAGGCAAGAUAGCUCUUUCUGCAGGAGGCGAUGGAGUGCUCAGAACGUGGAAUUUAGUUAAGGGGAGACAAGCCUAUGCUACCAAUCUAGUCCCUAGAUUGAAAGAGGAUGCAAAGCACAUCAGCAUACUUAAAUGGAGUCCUGAUGGAGACAAAUAUUUACUUGGUGGAAACUUCAGGAUCGAUGUCUAUUCCGUAACUACUGCUGGAAUCGUGAAUGAACUGAAGUUCGACUCGAAGGUCGUUUGUGUGGAGUUUCUGGAGGACGGUAUAAUCGCCAUUGGACACGAGGAUGGAAAAAUUCGAUUCUACGAUAUCGAUGAAUCAGCAGAAAUCCUCGUGAAAGAUGCGCACGAUGCCAGAGUCAAGUGUAUCGCUCGCGAAGGUCAUUUUCUCGUGACUGGCUCGAGUUCUGGUGAGAUAAAAUUUUGGAAAUUUACAAAAAAGAAGCUAGUGUUUCUGCAAAAGGCGAACUGCGGUGCAAGAAUAACAUGUUUCGCCCUGGCACUACCUUGCGAGGAUCUCAGUGUGAAAAAGGAAGAAUCAACGAUUGAUGUUGAAGUCGAAAAGAAAAAAGUCAACAAAUUCCGCAUGAGACAGGAAGUAAUAAUCGAAGACGAGGGAGAAACACCAGAAAAUAUCAAGGUCGUUCAAAUUCCAAAAAUGAAGAAAAAAGUGAAAAGAAAAAUGUCUAUAGACGAAACUUCAGAAGUGCCAAAUGAGUCAAACAAUAUUGUAUCAAAGAAAAAGAAAAAGAAUAAGAACAAGGCAGAAUCUACAAUGGACAUCAGCGUUGAAACUAUCAAACAGAAACAGAAACAGAAGAAGAAGGCAAAUAAAUUUGUAAUAACUGAUAACAAUACAGCAACGUUAAAAAAGAAAACAAAGAACGAAUUCAACGUUGAAGAGUGUAAUGAAGUUCCUCUGAAAAGACAUAAAAAGAAAUUAAUCACAUAACAAACAAGGAUAUAAAUUAUUAAAAAAGGAAACUUUUGAAGAUUAA